UCUCACUGCGCAUUUUUCAGAUAGCGCCGCACGCAGUCCCGUCUCGUUUCUUGGACAUUCUUCGUUUGACAGUGUCACUAUUAGUUGUCAAAAAAGUUGUUUUUCAACGCCGUGGAAUCAGAUAGUAACAAGAAAAUGUAUGGGAGGCAAAUGGAGCUGUGUGGUAGCGCCCUCUGCUGGACAAAUAAUGCUAACUAGGCCAAUAGUGCCUCAAACUUCAAGAUAACUCCGUACUGUCGUCCUCAGCGCCCGGUUAUUGAAUACUCUAAAAUGAAUUAUCCAUAAAAAAAAAAUAUUGGUGCCUAAUUUAGCCUCCAGUUCUGGACUGACUACAGAAUAAAAAGCGUAAAAACGGCGAUGACGUAUUUGCAGGAUUCAAUGUGAAUAUAAUUAUUUCAUUUGGUUGUACUUAAUGUAUUGGCCACAGCCUUCAUUUGUGAUGCAUUUAAAAAAAAAAAAAAAACUCGAAUCCCUUCUUUUAAGCAUUUCUCUUUGUAUCUUAAUCCAAAACAUCCUUUGAAAGUAUUUUGUGCUAAUCCUAAUUUGCACACAAGAAGAUUGGAUUUCCACGGAAAGGAACCUGCGUGGAUGCGGGGAUUUACGAACACUCGCAGUUUUGUUUUGUUUUUUCAAAAAAAAAAGUUUGAUCCUUUUGUGGUCUAGUAGAAUUUUUCUGUAAACUGCGCACCGAUUGAAGUAUGCAGAUUUUGCCGUCGUAUGAAUUGAAGCUGUUGUAAACCAAUUUGCUGACUUGAAACAUGAAUAACAAUAAAUUCAAUAUUUAUUUGUUUUUAAGAACAUUUUAACAAGGGUUUAAAGAUGAAAAAUGAAGUCACAAUCUGUGGCAGGAAUAGUAAACAUUGAUUUUGAUAUAUUUUGAUUAAGAGCAUUUUGAUUUUUUUUUCAAAAUAAAAAAAGUUGAACUAAGUUGUUCCAAAUAGAGAACCCAAUGCAACUAAUCAUUUAAUACAUUUUUUCUGCAUUUUGUAUGGCAGGGGGAAGAAAAAAAAACUUUUUAAAAUAAGGAUUUUACAGAUAGCGCUCCGUUUCCGAAUUAAUUAAACGCACCACGACCGCCUGAACAGCGCGCAAAUGCGAGUUAAGAAGAAGAAAAAAAAACAUCGUCACCGCCUUGACGCAAUUGAAUCACAAACACAAUUUGUAUAUCUAACCAAAAACAUGAGUGUUGCACUUUUCCCCCUUUAAUCGUGGAUUAAGCAGAUCGUCCUGGCCGACCGGCCGGCCGGCCCUCGAGGCCCAGGGUGCCCCUUUUGAUCAUCUCAGUCUUCUCCACCGCGACUCUUGGGAUUGGCCGCGAGGUUUUGCAGGAGAAGCUCUUCAGUCUCCAUCUCCUUCGUCACCUGUCAGCAUGUUCAUGCAUUGGGAGGUUUGCUUCUACAUUUUCAUCCUGCUGGCGCACAUGAGGUCCUACUGCUGCUGGUCAGUGAAUAAUUUCUUGAUGACUGGACCCAAGGCGUACCUGAUCUAUUCCAGCAGUGUGGCGGCGGGGGCCCAGAGCGGCAUCGAGGAGUGCAAGUCCCAAUUUGCGUGGGAUCGCUGGAACUGCCCCGAGAGAGCUCUGCAGUUGUCCACGCACAGCAGCCUGCGCAGCGCCAAUCGGGAGACGGCGUUCGUGCACGCCAUCAGCUCAGCCGGCGUCAUGUACACGCUGACCAGGAACUGCAGUCUCGGGGAUUUUGACAACUGCGGCUGCGACGACAGCCGGAACGGACAACGAGGCGGUCACGGCUGGUUGUGGGGAGGCUGCAGCGACAACGUCGGUUUCGGCGAGGCCAUCGCUAAACAGUUUGUCGACGCUUUGGAGACCGGCCAGGAUGCCCGAGCGGCGAUGAAUUUACACAACAACGAAGCUGGCAGAAAGGCAGUGAAGGGGACCAUGCAGAAGACGUGCAAGUGCCACGGGGUAUCAGGAAGCUGCACCACGCAGACAUGCUGGCUGCAGCUGCCCGACUUCAGGGAGGUGGGAAACUACCUGAAGGAGAAGUACCACAGAGCUCUGAAGGUGGACCUUCUCCGCGGGGCCGGGAACAGCGCGGCCAGCCGGGGGGCCGUAGCCGAGACCUUCAGCUCCAUCUCCCGCAAGGAGCUGGUCCACCUAGAAGACUCGCCCGACUACUGCUUGGAGAACCGCACGCUGGGCCUGACGGGCACAGAGGGCCGCGAGUGCCUGAAGAAGGGCAAGAACUUGACCAAGUGGGAAAAGCGCAGCUGUAAGAGGCUGUGCGGCGAGUGCGGCCUGGCCGUGGAGGAGCGCAAGGCCGAGACGGUGUCCAGCUGCAACUGUAAGUUCCACUGGUGCUGCGCCGUCAAGUGCGAACAAUGCAGGAAGACGGUGACCAAAUUCUUCUGCGUGAAGAAAGGAGGCGCCAGGGGGAGGAACGAAAGUGCGGGCGGGCGACGCAAGACCCUCAAGCUGGGCAAGAAGCACUGAGCCUCUGAAAUACUUUGGGUCAUAAAUGGACGGACAAGUUGUACAUUUCCAGGAAAAAAAAAAAGACAAUCUCAAGGCAACUGCUUGAAACAUAUAAGACUAAAAGGUUCAGAGAGAUUUUUUUUGCUGUCACUGAACUUUUUUUCGCGUAUUAUAAUUAGGUUUUUGAAAAAGUACAUAGUGACAGAGCCUUUUUAUGGACCACCUGAAGUUAUUCCAUGACGUUCAUCGCCCCCCCCCCCCCUCUGUUGUAUUUAAAUGUAUAUAAGAUGAAGCACUUUGUACUGUACAUUGUUAAUUUAUUGCACCACCUUACCUUAGUUGUAUUUUUAGUCGUGUUUAUUUUCUAUUCAGCUAUAAUGAAAGAAUAAUAAAUCCUUCCUG